UACCAGAGUCCCUUCCGGUGUUGCUUGAAGUAAGCGGGAUGUCGACUUUAGCGAGUUAGCGUCUUUGCCGACCAAAGUGUCCCCACUUCAAAGGUGCUCUGGAUGGCGGCGGAGCGGACGGAAGCGGAGGCGGAGGUCCCGGAGGACGCCGUGGGAAGGCGGGUGUCGUGCGGCCAGCACCGGGCCACGGUCCGCUUCGUGGGCCCCGUGCCGCCCACUGAAGGUGUGUGGUUGGGCGUAGAGUGGGACGACCCCACGCGGGGGAAACACGACGGGUGCCACGAUGGCGCUCGCUACUUCAUGUGCAGGCACCCGACCGGCGGCUCCUUCGUCCGGCCGUCCAAGGCGAGUUGGGGCGUGGACUUCCUGCGGGCGGCGCGGCGCGUGUACGACGUGGAUGCCGAGGCGGUGCUCGGCGAGGAGAUCACCGUCUCCAGCAAAACGCUGGAGUGGGCCGACGUCAGGGAGCGCAGUUUGGAAAGUCUUCCGAGCGUUCUGCUCAAAAACUGCUUGGUGAACGGACCGGGAGAAGAUGGGCAGAUCCUCCAAACCACGCCCAACGUGCGCUGGUUGGACCUGAGCGCCUCCCUGCUGUGCCGCUGGGAGGACGUGGCCGCAAUCGCUCGGCAGCUGCUAUGUCUGGAGGCGCUUCUGCUCAGCUCCAACAGACUACGUUUGCCCUCCGACCCCGCGGCCCACCGCCCGGCCUUCCGCGACCUCAAAGUUCUGACGCUCAUCGGUUGCGAGCUCACGUGGCCGCAGAUCCUGCGGUGCGCCCCCAUGUGGCCGAAGUUGGAGGAGCUCAUCGUGGAGGACAACCACAUCACACACUUGCACAGGCCCGAGGGCGUCCUGCAGGAGCUCAAGUGUCUCAAUGUGUCCAAAAACCCUCUAGACCAGGACAGCCUGCUCAACCUGGCCGCUCUGCCGAGACUGGAGCAGUUAAUCAUGACUGACACGGGGUUCUCCAGCAUUCACUUCCCCGAUGCCGCGCCAGGACUGGAGACGUCCGCGUUCGCGUCACUGGAGAAGCUCAACUUGAACUGCAACAACAUCUCUGAGUGGGUCGUGAUCGACGAGCUGUCCAAGCUGGCGUCGUUGCGACAUCUUUGGUGUCGAGGAAACCCGUUGGCCAGCGCCGACCGCAACCCGAGGACGGCCAAUCAGAUGCUCGUCGCCAAGCUGCCGCACCUACGGGUCCUCGACGGAUGCGAGGUGACCCCCGAGGAGAGGAGGGGUGCGGAGUUCGACUACCUGAAGAUGUUCGGCGAGGAAUGGCUGGAGGCCAGGGGGCGGAGUCAGCUGAGCCAGCAGUUCGCCAGUCGGCAUCCGCGUUACAGCAGCCUCGUUGACAAGUACGGCGCUCCAGAAGAAGGCGAGCUAACGAAGCGUCAACCAUUUGCGCUUAAGAAUCAGCUGUUAAAAAUCACCUUUGUGUUUGUGGACGAUGAGGCGAGGACGCCAGUGGAGAAGAAACUUCCAGCCUCCAUGGAAGUCCAGAAGGUCAAAGGUCUUCUGUCCAGAAUCAUGAAGGUCCCCGCGAGCGACCUGAAGCUGAGCUACACCAGCGCCAAGGUUGUGGGUCCAGAGUACCACAUGGACAGUGACCUCAAGACUUUGUUCUUCUACGCCGUGGAGGACGGCGACACGGUCCUAGUACGACGCUCGUAAACACACACAAACACAGGAACGCUACGUCAACACACAUGCCACCAACAUAUAUGCAACAAACACACAUAACAAACGCACAUGAACGCAUGCUUACACGACAAACAAAGAAAUGUGCAUACACGCACAACAUACACAUACACCCAACACAGAAACCAACAAAUAUACAACAAACACACACACACACACACACACACACACACCGCACUUGACUAAAGUCGGCCAUCGUUUUCGACUUUGGUCUUCCCGACGACGACAUUGCUGGCAUCUCGUUUCCGUGGCAACCGCCGCACCCCGACUACGGCCGGGACGCCUCGUCUGUUAGCGAUAGCAACAUGCUAACAGUACGCAUCAUGUUACUCUAGUUUACUAAUACAAUAAACUCCAAAUGUGAUCAACAUAAAAUGGUUUAUUUUAUUUGACUACAAAAAUAAUUUUUGGAAGAAAAAUAACAUUUGAAUGUAAAAUGUUUUCAUGGCAGGAGGUAAAUCUUCGUGAUCAUUAGCAGAAUCAUUAUGAUAUUAAUAAUAAUGACCGUAAUUUCUCGUGUAUGAUGCGCAUUUUUUUCCCCCAAAAAUAAUCAAAAGUCAAUUGUGCGCAUUAUACAUGGGUAUAAGGGAAAAUGGGAAAAAACUCACAUUUUAUGAAUGUAUGCAUCCAUGUAGUGGUUAUGAAAAAGCUGUACACUUGCAUUCCAAAAUGCCACCGCCACCUUGUGGUUAUAAAAAAAAAAAAGUGUAGCCUUCACUUUCAUUCCAAUAUGACAGGGGGUACGUACGACUGCAUAUAUGUAUAGUUGUGCUCAUAAGUUUACAUACCCUGGCAGAAUUUGUGAAAUAUUGUUUUGUUUGAAAUAUGAAUGAACAACAGCCAUCAUAAUGUUUUUGGGGUUAUGUUUUGUUUAAUGAUUACGCUUUUCUGAAAUGCUUGAGCGUUUAAUUUGAAUCCCAUUAAAAUAAAAUUCAAUGUGUUUCGCCUGGUCCUUUGUGUUUUCUUUAAAGAAUUGUACCCAUCUUACAAAUUCUGCGUGGGUAAUUAAACAUAUGAGCACAACUGUGUUUUCUUAUUUACUAAAUAAAAGUAGGGCUGUGAAUUUCAAAAUAAGAGCAAGUAAAUUAAAAAAAGGAUUAGGUGUUCAAACCAAGUACUAAACUUCAGAAUAUUUUUUUGAAAAAAAACUAACAAAAUACAGAUAAUACUUCAUGUUUUGAUCAUAUGGGUAGAAGCAAAAUCAUGCAUUGUAAAAAUGCAUUAUACAUAGGUAGAAGGCUUUUCCAGAAUUCUGAGGUAAACUUCAGGGGUGCGUGUUAUACAUGGCUGCGCAUUGUACACGAGACAUUACGGUAUAUACAUGUUGAUCAUAGAAAAAUAUAGUAAAAAAAAAAAAAGGUUUUUUUAAACAAUAGAACCAACAAAAAAUGAAACCUUUCAAUUCAAUUUCAGUUAGUAUCACAACAGUAUAAAAAUGUUUUAAUUCAAGUGAUUUUGAGUUUUAAAACGUUUAAAUGCUAAAUAGUGAUUGUUAAAAAAAAAUACUUUUCAUGUUAUGAAAUAAUAAGAGCAAGUUAGCAGUACUUUUACUCGCUGGUUAUAAGAUACUUUGAAAGUACCUUUGCUUCCAUCCUUCCAUUCUCUUGUUACUGAUGUUACUCUAUAUCAUACUUUCUUUUUUACCACUGGGGCUCUUCCAGUAUCGGAAUGACAGGCAGGGUGGCUGUUUAUGGGCCAUCUUGGAUGCAGAGGAGAUUUACUUGCAGUUACAUCGACGGACCACUGAAUUGGCCUCAAUGGACUUUGGCAGCAGAGAGCACUCGAGCCUGACGAGCAGUUCCACCAAUGCAUGAAAUAGAAAGUUCAAGUUACUUUUUAGUAGCUGUCCACUGUAGUGACCGCUAUGCACCAGAGGGUUUGUAGUUUUUAUGUACUUAAUUCAAUGUACCUUUAAUCCACUUUGAACAUGUGGUGGAUUUUUUCACCUGUGGUUCCGAGUCGGAGAUCAUUUCAGGUCUACCGGUACCAUUUGCUGAAAAGCAGCCCCACGCCAUGAUGUUCCCGCCGCCGAACUUGACUGUUGGUAUGGUGUUUCUACGGUGAUGUGCAGUGCCAUUUCUCCUCCAAACAGUUCAAUUUUGCUCUCAUCCGACCAGACUAUAUUCUCCCAGUAUUUAACUGGCUUGUCCAAAUGUUGUUCAGCAAACUUUAAACGAGCUUUGACAUGCUUUUUUUUUUUUUUCCAGCAAUGGGGUCUUGCGUCGUGAGCGUGCAUACAGGCCCUGGCGGCGGAGUGCAUUACUCACCGUUUUCCUUGUGACAACAGUGCCUGCUAGUUCCAGGUCUUUUUGAAGCUCUCCAUAGGUGGCCCUUGGUUCUUGGACAACUCUUAUUAUUCUUUGCACUCUUCUGUCAGAAAUGUUGAUCGAGGCAAAUGUAUGGUGGCAUGAUUUGCGUUCCGCUUCCGUAUUAUGGCCCCAACCGCGCUCACUGGAGCAUUCAGCUUCGAUAUGCGCCUGUAACCACUGCCAUCGUUAUGUUUGGCAACAAUUCGUUUGCAUUGGUCUUGAGACAGCUGUUUGCUCUUCCCCAUCAUGAGAUGCGUCCUGACUCCCACCUUGGCACUGAGACCUUUUUUGUAGGCCAUCAAUUUGGACUGAACCAGCUGAUAUUCAUUUGCACUGACAAGGGGCUGGAUUGCCGUUUGAUUAUUGAUAGAUUUGAGGUGUUGUCUUGGCUUUCCACGCCUUUUUGCACUUCCCUUUCUUCAUGUGUUCAAUACUUUUUCCCUGUGUCAUUACACAUUAUUACACACAACUUAAUUUCUGAGCUUCUUUGUUCUAUUUUCUUUGUAUGUAUGGAUUACUUGGGCUGUUCCCAACAUCCGGUGAAAUUUUCAGGGUAAUAGCACCUUUGGAAAUAUAUUGAGAAAAAUGGUGACGUGUUAAAUACUUAUUUCAGCCGUGUGUGUGUAUGUAUAUAUAUAUAUAUAUAUAUAUAUAUAUAUAUGAAUGUGUGUGUGUCUGCGCGCGCGCAUUAUACAAUACUGGCCCCUGCUGGCCAACGUGAUAACAAAACAAGGAAAUGAAGCGUAUG